AUGAAUUACAGUGCUGACACUUCAGCAGAAUGUCAGGCUUUGUCGCCGAAUCCAAAGAAAAUCACUUCUACAACUCUAUCUUUCCAUAAUAUUUCAUACAGUGUAAAAAGUCAGACAUUCCCAUGGAGCUGCCCAACCCAUCUGAAAGUUAUUUCAGAUCUCAGUGGUUAUAUGCCUCCAGGGAUGAAUGCUAUAAUCGGACCAACAGGAUGUGGAAAGUCCACCCUAUUAGAUGUACUAGCUGGACGUAAAAAUCCUUUAAAAAUUAGUGGAUACAUAUUGCUGAAUGGUCAAUUCUUACCUAGUAAUGUUCGACGCCGUCUUUGUGGAUAUGUUGUUCAGGAAAAUAUAGCUAUGGAUACACUCACUGUUCGAGAGAAUAUCACAUUUUCUGCUUCCUUGAGAUCGCCUCGUUGUACCACUUCACGACAGCGGGAAGCUAAAGUGUCAAGUGUCAUUGAAGAGCUUGGCCUAACUUCUGUUGCUGAUCGUAUUCUGGGUAACCAGUUAACUCGUGGUAUUUCUGCCGGUGAACGUAAACGUACAUGUAUUGGUAUUGAAUUAGUGAAUGAUCCUUUGGUUUUAUACUUGGAUGAACCUACUACUGGUCUGGAUGCAUAUACAGCUGGAACGGUAAUUCAAACACUUAGACGAUUAGCAGAUUCUGGUCGGACUGUUGUUUUUUCAAUCCACCAACCGAAAUAUUCUAUUUAUCGUCUAUUUGAUCGGCUUACAAUACUGUCUGGUGGACAAAUGAUCUAUCAUGGACCAGCUGAUAAAUCACCGAUUGUUUAUUUUGAAAGCUGUGGUUAUUUAAUCGAAGGUCAUAAUAAUCCAGCUGAUUUCUUCAUGGAUAUUUUACACGGUGAGGUGGAGACUACAGACACAGUUAUACAACAAGCAAAUAUCUCAGAUACCAGCCAAAGUGGUACUAAUUGUAAAACUCUACGGGAAACAGUCCGGUGUCGACUUAUUUCAUUAUGGUUAGAAUCUACAUUAUGGCAACAGUGUAAAGCAUUUUUAGCAGAAUGUUGUGUAAAUUUUAAUGAAAACACACAAAAUCAGUCGAAGAAAUCUAAAGUGGAUAGAAUUUAUAGACCAGGUUCAAGUAAUCCAUCAACCACGGGAUAUAAUUAUCAUAAAAAAGCAACGAAAUUUAGGAAAAAGAAGGAACAAUGUACUGAUUGUGAUUUUGUACAACCUGGAAAUUAUUUAUCAUCAUUGAAUAGAGAUAUGAAAAGAUUUGAUGAACUGUGGGCAUUAAGUCGUUCUGUUAAUCCUCCUCCUCCCCCUCCUCCUACUACUGCCGCUCCUACUCCUACUAUUGUUGUUCCACUUCCCGAUGAUGACAAUGAUGAACACAGUCCAAUGAUUAAUGUUGAACAUGAAAUGAAUGAUAUACUAAUAAAAAAAAAUACACCGCCGAAAAAGAUAUCCGAAUCUCAGUUAAUGAGGAAUCAGUCGUUCAAAAAAUUCUUGGUUGUUGUCAGUUAUCAUCAUCAUCAUCAGUGUGGUGGUGGUGGUGGUCAUUAUCAACAGUGUGAAACUUCAUUCUGUCAUCAAUUUGUUACACUGAAUUGGCGAUCCUACUUGAAUUUGAAAAGAUCAUGGAGAACAAUAUUAUCGCAUUUUAUUAUACAACUUGUCAUAGCCUUAUUCUUAGGCAUUAUAUAUUUAAAUAUGGACAAAUGGCGCGAAUCUGGUAUUCAAAAUCGUAUGGGUUUAUUCUUUUUCACUUGUGUUCACUUAUUAUUUAUCAGCGGUGCUUUGCUGGAAAUAUUUUUAAAAGAUCGUAUUAUUUUCAUGCAUGAAACAUCCGCUGGAUUUUAUAGAAUCUCAACAUAUUUUCUAUCAAAGAUUAUAUCAGAUGUACUGCCGAGUAAAGCGAUACCCGCCUUACUAUGCUUAUCUAUAACCUACUUUUUAUCUGGUCUACGCUAUGAACUACGUCCAUUUCUAUUCUGGGAGUUAACAAUCACCUUGUUAACUUUUUCUGCUUCAGCAAUCACAUUUGCUGUCAGUGCAAUGGUUAAAGAUCAUCGAAUUGGAUCAAUGCUGUUAUCGAUGUUUUUUGUUUUAAUGAUGAUAACAAGUGGUUACUUAGUAAAUAUCCCCACACUAUGGAGAUGGCUUCAAUUAGUACGUUAUAUUUCAAUAUUACGAUAUGCAAUUAAUAUACUUGCCAUAAAUGAAUUAUUCGACAUGAAAUUUUGUCCUCGUUAUUUGCCGUCUUCGUCUAAACUGUUGUCAUCAGUCGAUUUGAACAGUAUAAAUAUAAGUGAUCCUGUUUAUGCAAAUCUCACAUCAACACUACUGACAGAAUGGAAGAAGACGGAUGCUGAACACUUUCAAAGUGCUGUCAGUGUUAAUAUUCAAGACUUAGAAUCUAUAUGCAUCACUGGUGUACAGUACUUAGAAUCACAAGCAGUUGAUUAUCAAUCGAAUUGGGCUGUAUGGUUAAAUGAAUUGGGCAUAUUUGUGAUUGCAAUUUUAGCCUUAUGCGUAGCUUACUUCCAUUUGAGAUUAAUUAAACGAUAUAAGUAA